GUACUUUCUGUGAAGAGAGUGCUUUGUGAUCCGUCCGAAGUGAAAUCUGGUGGCGGUAUUAUCGGUGAUUUGUUUUGGUUGUCGCCUGUUGUGUGUAGGCAAGAAUGGCUAUUAGAACUUAUGGUGACAAACCUAUUAGUUUUCAAGUUGAAGAAAAUGGGGAAUAUUACUGCAUUGGAUCGGAGGUCGGCAAUUACUUGCGGCUGUUCCGUGGGUCGCUUUACAAGAAGUAUCCUGGAAUGUACAGGAGAAGUAUAACAAACGAUGAAAGGAAGAAAUUGGUUGAAAUCGGGCUGAGUCAGCAUGUUCUGGCAUCAAGUGUUUCACUGCUGAGAGCUUCAGAAGUUGAGGAUAUCAUUGAAGGAAAUGAUGAAAAAUACAAAGCUGUUUCUGUCCAUUCUUCAGAACCACCAGUUCCCAGGGAAGGAAAGACUAAGAAGAGCAUGCCAUGGGUACCUUCCUUACCCAACAGUUCACAUCUAGAUGCAGUGCCUCAAGCAACACCAAUUAACAGGAAUCGUGUAAACAACAAAAAAGUCCGAACAUUUCCACUUUGCUUUGAUGACACAGACCCUACAACCAUUAUGGAAAAUGCUUCACAAGUGGAACUUCUUGUGCCUAUUCGCUUGGACAUGGAAAUAGAAGGACAAAAGCUUCGGGAUACAUUCACAUGGAACAAAAAUGAGAGCUUAAUAUCACCUGAACAGUUUGCUGAGGUGCUUUGCGAUGAUUUGGAUCUUAAUCCCCUCACAUUUGUUCCGGCCAUUGCACAAGCUAUCCGUCAACAAAUCGAUGGAUUCCCUACUGACAGUAUCAUAGAAGAGAAUACAGAUCAAAGAGUUAUAAUAAAGCUGAACAUCCAUGUUGGCAAUACCUCUUUAGUGGAUCAAGUUGAAUGGGACAUGAGCGAAAAAGAAAAUAAUCCUGAAACAUUUGCAAUGAAACUUUGUGCAGAACUUGGUCUGGGUGGAGAGUUUGUGACAGCUAUUGCAUACAGUAUCCGUGGACAACUGAGCUGGCAUCAACGUACUUAUGCCUUUAGCGAAGCCCCUUUGCCCACAGUUGAAGUUCCAUUCCGACCACCAUCAGAGGCAGACCAAUGGGCACCUUUUCUAGAAACAUUGACGGAUGCAGAGAUGGAGAAGAAGAUACGAGAUCAAGACAGAAAUACACGCCGUAUGCGAAGGUUAGCAAAUACAACUCCAGGAUGGUGAUUUGCCACAUUUGCCGACCUCAUUCGAAUUGCCAGCAAAAACUUCCAACAAAAUAUCAGCUCAUCACUGUGAGGCAUAAAAAUGUUUCAUCAGAAACUGUAAGAAAAUUACAAAAUAUGUUUUCACAUGUGGUAAAAAGUAUGCUUUUAUUUAAUAUGCCAGUGGCAGAGUGUGAUUUUGAUGUUAACUUGAAAAGUACAGCGAAUAGCUUUUGUAUAAUGAACUGUGUAUGUGAUUUACAGUGCAAUCUUACUACACAUUUUAAACUUGCGUUGCACCAAAUCUGUUAGUCAGUUCUGGGAUAAUCAUAUAAGUCAAUGGGCUUUGUACAUAUUACAGUGCUCCAUAUUGCAAUGCUUUUGUGUAAACAAUUUUAUUGCGUAAAUUAAGCAAAACAGUGUCUUGAUAUAACUCGUAAGUGACAUACAAUUACGUGUAAUAAAGUAAUGAGAAUCUUUUGUAAAAUA